UACCCUCUCUUAAAACCCAUAGCCUAGGCUUUUUACAUGCUUUUAUGCAAUAUGGACAAAUGUGUAUCCAUCUACACGCUUGAUACAAGGUGAAUCUGUUCUUCUAGCAACUCCUUCCUUCUCUCACCCUCAAAACAAACAACUCCCACCGACAGAAUAACAUACAGCAGAGUCAGUCAGACUUCCAAGGAUGCAAAAAACCGAGCACACAGUAAAGAUCAGUUUUUAAAUUAAGUAUCCGUUUUUCAGAAGAGUUUAAAAAAAACUUUGGGAACAAUGGGUCACGGGAGGGUGGGGAGUGAGACGGCCAAGUAUAAAAGUUCGGAGGGGGCCUGUGGUCUAGGUCUGGUGCGAUCAUAUCUCUACGUCUUCAAUGUCUUCCUACUCAUUGCGUCCCUCAUUUUGGGAGGACUUGGGAUUUGGUCUGUUCUGGCAGAGAUAUGGUUCAUUCCACUCCUGUCCGACUUAUCCUACCCGCUCCCUUCCUACCUCCUUCUCGGGGCUGGAGCAGUGGGACUUAUCGCAGCCACGGUGGGAUGCUGCGGAAUUGCAAAGUCGGACAAAUGUUUCCUCCUCAUCUACAUCCUCCUUCUUCUCAUCGUCUUCCUCCUCCAAGUAAUGGCUGGAGGGUUGGCUUAUUUUUACCGGGAAUCGGCCUUCACGGAUCUCCAAGCUCGACUAAACGUGACCUUCACGUCGACCUAUGGGGCACCCGGGGAGAGUGAAACAACCAUUGCUGUGGAUGAGCUGCAACGACGUUUCCAGUGCUGUGGGUCUGGAUCAUUUGCGGAUUGGCAGGUUUCGGCUUGGUCGACGAGUGGGGUGGGGAGCAAUAAGGUUCCGGACUCUUGUUGCAAAACAGAGACGCCGGGUUGUGGGGUUCGUGACCAUCCUUCCAACGUGUACUACACGGGAUGUAUUCAUCGCUUAUCUGAGACGGUGAAGAUACAUCUUGGCUAUUUGACCAUUGCUGGCUUGGGUUUGUGCCUUUUGCAACUUUUCGGCGUGGUUUUUGCUACGUGUCUCUACGUCAAGUUGAAGGAACCGGAUGCCGUGCAUCUCUAAAGAAGAGGAGAUGAUACGAGUGACUGAACGUGCCAAAAAUGUGUUCCCGAAUUAAAGGAUGAAUUUUGAUGAUCUGAAAUGAAAUUAUACAAAACCAUGAAGAGACUCUCUCCCUAACAUACCAUGGAUGUCAUCCCAUUGCUUUAUUGUAUUUGAUUAUUACCAUUUUUAAUAUUCACACCUAAGAUGCAGCAACAUUUUAAAUAGCCAUGUAGUCAUUUUUUAUCCAAGCUUUUAAUUUAUGAGCAUUUUAGUAUGUUUUAGGCUUACUAUUAACUGAUCCACUGUGUACUUACUAAUGUCCUGUUACGUGACGCAAGUAAAUAAAAAGAUUUUUUAUCUACUCACAAAAAACACAAAA